CCCCGCGUUCGGCCGGCUCCGCGCCCCACGCGCCCACUCCCCACCGCCCCGCGCUCAGGAGCGCGGCGCCUCCGUCCCCACCGUCGCUUAGGGUGGCCCGUGCUGAUGAUGGGGCCUCUGGUCCUCCGGGGCGGCUGAGUUGCAAAUGUCUGCGUGUCCCCUGUGUGCCAGUCAGCGGGACCUGGCAGCGAGCAGGACCGACAAGCCCCGGAGCAGAGAAGAAGUGGACUUGCAGACUGGGUGAGAGGUUCCGUAGGGCUUUGCGUGCAGGGCGGGGCAUGGAGUCCCUCUUCCCUGCCCCGUUCUGGGAAGUCUUCUACGGCGGCCACCUGCAGGGCAACCUGUCCCUCCUGAGCCCCAACCACAGCCUGCUGCCCCCGCACCUGCUGCUCAAUGCCAGCCACGGCGCCUUCCUGCCCCUCGGGCUCAAGGUCACCAUCGUGGGGCUCUACCUGGCUGUGUGCAUCGGGGGGCUGCUGGGGAACUGUCUCGUCAUGUAUGUCAUCCUCAGACACACCAAGAUGAAGACAGCUACCAACAUUUACAUCUUUAACUUGGCCCUGGCAGACACGUUGGUGCUGCUGACACUGCCCUUCCAGGGCACAGAUGUCCUCCUGGGCUUCUGGCCAUUUGGGAACGCCCUGUGCAAGACAGUCAUCGCCAUUGACUAUUACAACAUGUUCACCAGCACCUUCACGCUGACUGCCAUGAGUGUGGACCGCUACGUAGCCAUCUGCCACCCCAUCCGUGCCCUUGACGUCCGGACAUCCAGCAAGGCCCAGGCUGUCAAUGUGGCCAUCUGGGCCCUGGCCUCUGUUGUGGGCGUUCCUGUUGCCAUCAUGGGCUCGGCACAGGUUGAGGAUGAAGAGAUCGAGUGUCUGGUGGAGAUCCCCACCCCCCAGGACUACUGGGGCCCCGUGUUUGCCGUCUGCAUCUUCCUCUUCUCCUUCAUCAUCCCUGUGCUCAUCAUCUCCGUCUGCUACAGCCUGAUGAUCCGGCGGCUGCGAGGCGUCCGCCUGCUCUCAGGCUCCCGCGAGAAGGACCGGAACCUGCGGCGCAUCACGCGGCUGGUGCUGGUGGUGGUGGCUGUGUUCGUGGGCUGCUGGACGCCCGUCCAGGUCUUCGUGCUGGUCCAAGGGCUGGGCGUCCAGCCAGGCAGUGAGACUGUGGUGGCCGUCCUCCGUUUCUGCACGGCCCUCGGCUAUGUGAACAGCUGCCUCAACCCCAUCCUCUAUGCUUUCCUGGACGAGAACUUCAAGGCCUGCUUCCGCAAGUUCUGCUGCGCGUCCACCCUGCGCCGGGAGACGCAGGUGUCAGACCGCGUGCGCAGCGUUGCCAAGGAUGUGGCUCUUGCUCGCAAGACCUCUGAGAUGGUGCCACGGCCGGCAUGACUAGGCGUGGACCUGCCCAUGGUGCCUGUCAGCCCACAGAGCCCAUCCACACCCAACACGGAGCUCACCCAGGUCACCGCUCUCUAGGCUGACGUGCAACUGCGCAUCACCAGCCUCCACGGGCCCUGUGGCCUUGGAGGAUCUGGUGACAUCAUGGGACAGGUCAGAGCAUUAGGGAGGCCCUAGUCGUACUAAAGCUGCCCUCCUAGUGGAGGGCGGGGAGGGGGUGCAAGGACUCGCUGGUGAGCAUGCCCGGCCAGAGCCACCCCGGCACUGCCAAGCUUCAUGGACUGUUCUGGCCUCGCCCCUGCUGCAUCCCGCUCCGGGUAGGCACACAGCCGGAAGCGUGACAGUGGUUGUACAGUCCUACGUGCCCCUCGUGCUGUGUGCUGUCUGCAUGGAGCCUUGCAGUAUCUCCUCUGGGCUGCUGGAUGGGCCUGGCGCUGCCUGGAGAGUCCAGUGGGCAUCCCUGGGCAGUGAGACUCGCCCUGAGAGUGAAACUCUUAGGAGGCUUCUCAGCAAGGCUGUUCCCUCCAGGACACAUGAACUGCUGCGCCGCAGACAUGGCCGUUCAGGUUUGCGAGGUGGCCAGGACCGCCGCAGGCCACCCUGUCGUUUGUGAAGCAGCCCCAUGUGCCUGGUCUCAGCUGUGGGGUGGGGAAGGCUCUGCAGUGCUCUGUCUGGGUUGCCUGGGCCCCCCUCGGGCUGUCCCUCAAAGCCCUCCUUUCAGACUCCAUCAGAGGUCAGCGGCUGUGCAGCUGUCAGGACCCUGUGUCCUGCUUGGGUCCUGGUGGCCUUGGAAGGAUGCCAGCUGGGACAGGUCCUGCCCUGCACCCCCAGUGACUGAGGCCCUCCUUCCUUUACAAGCCUCCAGAGUUAUCUGUGGGGGAAGCCUGAGCUUCCCAGUCAGAGGCGGCUUCGUAUGCAGAGUUGGAAGGAGAGCUGGGGCUGGCAGACCUGCUUGAGGGAGGCUGCAAGGACCAUCUGAGCCGUGGGGACCCUGCCCGCUGUGACCACCCAGAGGAGUACCCUCCCAGUCUGCAGAUGGAGGCUGCAGCUCGGUGACUUGGCAAGCGUUCGCCCUGCAGACAAGCUGCUGAAACACCUGCAGUGGGAGAGCUGCCUCUACCUGCUAGCUGAGCUGCAGACCUGGCCAGGUGAGCUGAGGCACCUGGAAAGAGGAGGAGGUGCUGACUCUGGACUGGCCUCUCCUGCUCUGGGGGCCCCGGCCCUGUGGGGUCGUUCUCGGGGAGGACGGGGCUCUGUCCGUGCUGCCAGCAGCGGGAGGCUCUGAGGACCAGAGCCACUAUGGCUGCAGCAUUUUUGUGCCAAGGCUGAAAGACACGCAUUUGCGCUGGUAUAAUGUGUCUCCAUGGAUCUAUGCACGUGGACAGUGUGGUUUCCCCUGCACGUAACCAGCCCUGAACUGUCUCCAGGGGCCGUGACGGAGGGUCAGAAUAACCCCCUGCACACUGGUCAGGGCGCUCUGCUUGCAACAGGUGUUUCUGACUCUUUGGGGGGGCCAUUGGGGUACACGCUCUGGGAUUAGCACGUGGGGUGUAAGUCGAUUCGUCCUCCAACCUGCUCUGUGCUCUUCAUGUGGCUCUGUGCUUGGCCGACUGUCCCACUUUGGGAAGGGGUCGACUAGUUCAUGACGUCUUGGGGGCCUGUCUUCUUUGCUUCAGCACAAAGUUUCUCCCCAAACAACCAAGCACUGCACUCCCCACCCCUGUAGCCGGAAGUUCCUGCGGGUCCAGUGGGUGGGCGCUUCCCCACAGUGGGCUCUGGGUUCUCUUCACUCCCACCUCCCCCCACUCUAGCUCCUUCCUCGUUCCUUGGGCGGAUCCAAGUGAGUUGGAUGACAGAUGGACAGAGCCGCUUCCUCUGGCAGCCCCGAGAUCCUGAGAUCCUCCUGGCUCCUGCGUGGGCCCGGUUCUACCCAGGCUGACUGUCGGGCAGACAACCCUGUCAGAGAGAGGGGCUUCGCAGCGGCAUCCAGGGCCAGCUCGGUCGCAGUGCUUGGGCACAGGCUGAGGGGCCAAUGUCCGGGUUUAUAUAAGUUUUAAUGACAAGCAAAUUGCUGUUAACACAAAAAUUCAGCAUCAAGGGAAAGCUUAGGGUGCCCCCUGUGACGGCCAAGAGGAAGGGCCCCUUGCCCUUUGCUGCCAGGUCUGCCAAGGUGGCCAAAUGAAGCCUUCUUCCUCCCCAUCCUCUCUGCAGACACACCAAGAUGAAGACAGCUACCAACAUUUACAUCUUUAACUUGGCCCUGGCAGACACGUUGGUGCUGCUGACACUGCCCUUCCAGGGCACAGAUGUCCUCCUGGGCUUCUGGCCAUUUGGGAACGACCUGUGCAAGACAGUCAGUGGCAGUUAGCAUGGGGGGCGCUCAGGAGGCAGCGAGGUCCUGGCGGAGGAGGCGGCUCAGGGUGUGCUCCGGGCUGCCAACCAGGCCGACCCCACAGCGAGCGUCUGCGCUCGUCCCCGUUCAGGCAGGGCUGAGGGGCCGGCCAGCAGCCCGCGGGACCUCGGAAGCGGGACCAAGGCUGGCUCGUCCCCCCCACCUGCACCCAAUCUCUCCUCUGUUCCCACCUCCGACC